CGGGGCGGCGCGGCCGGGCCGGCGGCGCGGGAAGAUGGCGGCCGGGAUCCGGGAGAAGCAGACAGUGGCUUUGAAACGUAUGCUGAACUUCAAUGUUCCUCCUGUUAAAAACAGCACAGGAGAACCAGUAUGGAAGGUUCUCAUUUAUGACAGAUUUGGCCAAGAUAUCAUUUCACCUUUGCUGUCAGUGAAAGAGCUGAGAGAUAUGGGGAUCACUUUACAUCUGCUUUUGCAUUCAGACCGGGAUGCUAUUCCAGAUGUUCCAGCUGUGUACUUUGUAAUGCCAACAGAAGAAAAUAUUGACAGAAUGUGCCAGGAUCUUCGAAACCAGCUUUAUGAAUCUUAUUAUUUAAACUUUAUUUCUGCCAUUUCAAGAAGUAAACUGGAAGAUAUUGCAAAUGCUGCCAUAGGUGCUAAUGCAGUAACUCAAGUGGCUAAGGUAUUUGAUCAAUAUCUUAAUUUUAUUACUUUAGAAGAUGAUAUGUUUGUAUUGUGUAACCAAAACAAAGAGCUUGUUUCAUAUCGUGCCAUUAACCGACCAGAUAUAACAGACACAGAAAUGGAAACUAUAAUGGACACUAUUGUUGAUAGUCUCUUCUGUUUUUUUGUUACACUUGGUGCUAUACCUAUAAUCAGAUGCUCAAGAGGAACUGCAGCUGAAAUGGUGGCAGUGAAAUUGGAUAAGAAGCUCAGAGAGAAUCUGAGAGAUGCCAGAAACAGUCUUUUUACAGGUGACACUCUUGGAGCUGGCCAGUUCAGCUUCCAAAGGCCCUUAUUAGUCCUUGUUGACAGAAACAUAGAUUUAGCAACUCCUCUACAUCAUACUUGGACAUACCAAGCUUUAGUGCAUGAUGUUCUGGAUUUCCAUUUGAAUAGAGUUAACUUGGAAGAAUCAGCAGGAACAGAGAAUACUCCAGCAGGUGCUAGACCUAAGAAAAAAAAUAAGAAGUCCUAUGAUUUAACUAUAUCUGAUAAAUUCUGGCAAAAGCAUAAGGGCAGUCCUUUUCCAGAGGUGGCUGAGUCUGUUCAACAAGAACUGGAAUCUUACAGAGCCCAAGAAGAUGAAGUCAAAAGACUUAAAAGUAUCAUGGGCAUUGAAGGGGAGGAUGAAGGAGCAAUAAGUAUGCUUUCAGAUAAUACAGCUAAGCUAACUUCAGCUGUCAGCUCUCUUCCAGAACUUCUGGAAAAGAAGAGGCUCAUUGAUCUUCAUACAAAUGUUGCAACAGCUGUUUUGGAGCACAUAAAGAGUCGAAAGCUGGAUGUGUAUUUUGAAUAUGAGGAAAAAAUAAUGAGCAAAUCCACUCUGGAUAAAUCUCUGCUGGACAUGAUUUCUGACCCAGAUGCAGGAACUCCUGAAGACAAAAUGCGAUUAUUUCUCAUCUAUUACAUAAGCUCAACUCAGGCACCUUCAGAGAUUGACUUGGAGCAGUAUAAAAAAGCAUUGACGGAUGCAGGUUGUAAUCUCGCUCCUUUGAGCUACAUAAAACAAUGGAAGGCUUUCACUAAGAUGGCUUCAGCUCCAACCAGCUAUGGAAACGCUACACCUAAACCUUUGGGUCUGUUUUCACGUGUUAUGAAUACAGGAUCACAGUUUGUAAUGGAAGGAGUGAAGAACUUGGUACUGAAGCAACAGAAUCUGCCAGUCACACGUAUUUUGGACAACCUUAUGGAGAUGAAGUCAAACCCUGAGACAGAUGACUACCGGUAUUUUGACCCCAAGAUGCUACGAGGCAGUGACAGCUCAGUUCCAAGAAAUAAAAAUCCAUUCCAGGAGGCCAUAGUGUUUGUAGUUGGAGGAGGCAACUAUAUUGAAUAUCAGAAUCUUAUUGACUACAUAAAGGGUAAACAAGGAAAACAUGUCCUGUAUGGCUGCAGUGAACUUUUUAAUGCUACACAGUUUAUAAAACAGCUGUCCCAGCUUGGCCAGAAAUAAGACUGAAACACUAUUACUUGGAUGGAAACAUGACAACAGAGAAUUGUUACAACAUUCAGCUAUCUUCUUAUCUUUAAUUUUGUCAUUGUAUUAAAAUUUAAACCCAUUUCAUUAAUAUGAUAACUUUUUAAAAAAAUCUGUAAUUAAUAAUGGUGUAUAUCAGCAUUUCAGAAAUAAAACUUAAAACCUGCUGUGUUUUUGGUGGA